AUGAGACAGAAAAAAUCUGAACAACAACAUUAUCAUUCACGCGAUGACUAUGAUCAUAUAUCAUCAACAUCAUCAUCAGCAGCAGCAGCAGCAGCAACGGCAGUCGGAAAAUUCACAGAAUUGUCAUCGUACAUUCAACUUCAACACAAACAUUCACAUAUGUUAACACUGCCGAAAUUGAAACAAUCAUGUUUAGACUUUCGACGGAUUCGUUCGUACUUGAUCCUUUUCUUACUCAGUUCCAUUCUCGUACUCUCCUUCACAUUUUUCAUUCGAUAUCCGAAACAAAAACAGACAGACUUCGAUCUGAACCAUCGUGUAAAAAGACAAUUGAUAACGAAUCACAAUGAUGCGAACGAUGCGCGACAUUAUACGGAAAUGUUACGCCGAAUGUUAUCCUAUGGUGUAAAUUCAACUGUCCUAGCCGAUUGUACAAUAAAUAUGGCAUCUGAUGAUACCUACUAUCCCCCUCCAUCCAAAACUCUUUCAUCCGAAACGAUAAAUCUGGUCGAGAGAACUUUUCAAGACACACUUCACGAAGUGAAAAGCACUGCUAGUCAAAUUCGUCAAAAAUUAAAUCUAUCAUCGAAUGGUUUAGGUGACUUCGCCUUAGCUAAAUUCCAAGAUCAAAACCGAGAUAAGAUUCGCUCUCUACUCCACCGUCAACCAUCCGUCAAAGAAAUCAACAUCGUGCUUGAUAAGCCACCAUCAAACGAGAAUGGUGGUGCAUACAUUUAUUAUGAUACACUAAAAUUCUAUCGUUCAGAAAAUAACUCUUCAACAAAUCAUGCCGACCUUGAUUCAAUUCGCGAGAUACAAUUGAAGCGAAAUCUGAAUACUAUUCUACAAACGUUUACCGCCGCUAAUGCACGUGAAACAUUGAAACAAGCAAAUGAUAAUAGUAACAAUACGUUAUUUCAUGAUGGAUGGUGGAUCGGACCUGUUCUAUGUGAAAAGAAUAAAAAUGAAACUUUUUUAAUGGCACAUAUUUUUCCCUUGACAAUCAGUUAUUUUUUUGUUACCUAUUUCAAUAUUUCAUCUGUUGAUAUCAAUCAAUGUGCUGCCAAUGAUGUACCGUUUGGUGGCACGCAUAAAUGUUCAACUGGAAUGGAGUGUAUCUUUCGAUCUGGCCAAGGUUUUACAUUGGGUGCCUAUACGUGUCGUUGCUCAAAUUUGGAAGAAAACAUCACCAUAACUGUUGACGGUAAUGGACUAGAAUGGAAUGAAACGAGUGCUAAUGGUUCGCUAACAUCGAAGUUGAAUUCAUGUAAAUGUAAUCCACAACUGUGUGGAUUAACUCAUAAUAAAUUCUUACGAACAAUCGUAAUUAUCAUUCAAUCAAUAUUCAUUGUUUUUGUUGCUAUUCUUGCUGCGAUUAUUUUUCAAAAGCGAAAAACCAAAAUCAUCAAAUACUCGAUGUGGAUUUUACUCGAACUGAUCCUUCUCGGCGCUGUUUUACUUUAUGCAUCCGUUAUCGUCGAUAGUUUCGGUCCACAUGGAAUUGUUUGUUUAGUUAUACCUUGGUUACGUGAAUUAGGUUUUACAAUUGUGUAUGGAACAUUAAUAUUAAGGAUUUAUAAAAUGCUAGCUGAAUUUCAAUCACGUAAAGCACAUUGUGUGCAAGUGAAAGAAAAAGAUAUUUUACGUAUAUUAUCGUUCCUUUCAAUCUCCAUUAUUGGUUAUCUACUCGGUUGGACAUUAGUUAAUAUCGAUCAUGCCAAUGAGAAUAUUUCAUUGGGAAAGUAUCUGUUAGGCAAUGGUCGUACACUGAAAGACGAAACAUUUUUUAAAACUUGUCGUCCACGAACAUGGGAUUACCUUAUUCAAUUCGCGGAAUUUGUUUUCCUUUGUAUUGGCAUUCGUUUUAUAUAUAGUACAAGAACAGCUCCAUGUGAAUAUCACGAAAGAAAGCUAAUUACAAUUGUUAUCGUGUGUGAGAUGCUUUUUUCGACAUUACUUCAUGUUAUAAAAGAUUGUUUAUGGUCAAGUGUGACUCCUGAUGCAUUGUUUAUUCUAUCUGUAUUUCGGUGUCAUUUUACAGUGACAUGUAUGCUCAUACUCAUUUUUUGUACAAAGUUAUGUUAUAUCUAUCGACCGUUUAAUGAAGAAUUUGUAGGACGCGAUCGAUUUCGUUCAGUGGCAGACGGCGGUGAGCCCGCAGAUUUGUUUACUAAAUUACAUUCGAAUGGUGAUGUGGAAUUUGGUGAAUUGAAUAUACGUGACAUGGACCCAGAAGAAAUUCGAGCGGAAUUGAAACGUUUGUAUACAUCAUUACAUGUUUUGAAAACGAAAACAAUGCGCAAAGAUAAUCCGCAUUUAACCAAACGACACGGUCAACGACGAAAAAAUCGUCGAUUUUCCAUGCAAGCAUUUCAACGUCAUGGUGCCAGUACAACCGGUACUAGUGGUAAUUCCAGCGGUGUUGGUGGUAGUGGUGGUGGUGGACAUCUCACUAGUAUAUUAGCUGGUGGCGAAAAACAUGAUCAUGAUCCAUUGAAAACACCUGAAGACAGCACUGGCAGUCAUAAUGAACAUGCACAUUUGGGUGGAAUUAGUAUGCAUCGUGGUAGUAUGGAUGAAAGUGAUGAUGCUCAUGGAAGAACUCUAUCAGAUUUAACAACUACAAUGGCAACGACAGGCGUCGGACAACGAGUUACAUUUAAAUAG